GGUAGUAGGACUCUUGGCGACGCUUACUCCGGACAGGUACCGAUAGCUUCCCACCCAAGUUGACGUUCCAUGAUACUCCGUAUUUGGAUGGGGAAAGCCUCCGCAAUUCGGCGCUCAUGAUUGGUCAAUGGAUGACUAAGCGUCUCCCUAAAUUUUUCGGGGGACUGGAGAUCUUCUCGACCCUCAGACCAGCUCCGUUUCUUCCAUUCCAUCGCGUUUCCUUUGGUUCAACUUUCGUUUGUCAUUACACUGCAGGGCAGUCAACAUGUCUAGCAUCUCCAGAACCGCCAACCUCCUCUUCCGCUCUAGCAGGGCCUCCCUGUUGCGCCCUCGCGCUGUCAACCCUGUUCAGCAUGUUUUGGGUAAAGACAGACUGGCUGCCCGUGGUAUGGCAACUGCCUUCGAGCGCUCCAAGCCUCACGUCAACAUCGGUACCAUUGGUCACGUCGAUCACGGCAAGACCACCUUGACUGCCGCUAUCACCAAGCACCAGGCUUCUAAGGGCCUCGCUCAGUUCCUUGAGUAUGGUGCCAUUGAUAAGGCCCCUGAGGAGCGUAAGCGUGGUAUCACCAUCUCGACUGCCCACAUUGAGUUCUCCACCGACAACAGGCACUAUGCCCACGUCGACUGCCCUGGUCACGCCGAUUACAUCAAGAACAUGAUCACUGGUGCUGCUAACAUGGACGGUGCUAUCGUUGUCGUUGCUGCUUCGGAUGGUCAGAUGCCCCAGACCCGUGAGCACUUGCUGCUCGCCCGUCAGGUUGGUGUCCAGAAGAUUGUCGUUUUUGUCAACAAGGUUGAUGCUGUUGAUGACCCUGAGAUGUUGGAGCUUGUCGAGUUGGAAAUGCGCGAGCUUCUCAGCAGCUACGGCUUCGAGGGUGAAGAGACUCCCAUCAUUUUCGGCUCUGCUCUGUGCGCUUUGGAAGACCGUCGCCCCGACAUUGGUACCGAGCGUAUUGACCAGCUCAUGGAGGCUGUUGACACCUGGAUCCCUACCCCUCAGCGUGAUCUUGACAAGCCUUUCCUCAUGUCUGUUGAGGAAGUCUUCUCUAUUGCCGGUCGUGGUACCGUUGCCUCCGGCCGUGUCGAGCGUGGUAUCCUGAAGAAGGAUAGCGAAGUCGAGAUCAUCGGAGGUAGCUUCGAUGCCACCAAAACUAAGGUCACCGACAUUGAGACCUUCAAGAAGUCUUGUGACGAGUCCCGCGCUGGUGACAACUCUGGUUUGCUUCUCCGUGGUAUCCGUCGCGAGGACGUCAGGCGUGGUAUGAUCAUUGCUGCUCCUGGCAGCACCAAGGCCCAUGACAAGUUCUUGGUGUCCAUGUACGUUUUGACUGAGGCUGAGGGUGGCCGUCGUACUGGCUUCGGCUCCAACUACCGCCCCCAGGUGUUCGUUCGCACUGCUGAUGAGGCUGCUGACCUCAGCUUCCCCGACGGUGAUGAGUCCCGCAGAGUGAAUCCCGGUGACAACGUCGAGAUGGUCCUCAAGACUCACCACCCCAUUGCUGCUGAGGCUGGCCAGCGCUUCAACAUCCGUGAGGGUGGCCGUACUGUUGCCACUGGUCUCGUCACCCGUGUCAUGGACGGAAAAUAAAUGCCAGCUCGUUUACGGUGACUGAUGAAUUGGCGGCCUUUGUACUAUGAAAAAUUUAUGCCCGGAUUUGUUUUUCUUGCAGCGCGGGAAUCAGCGAAGGGAUCCGGGAAACGUUGAUACCGGAGUUCGUGAGUCAUGCCAUGUACCUGUAUUGUAUUUAACCAUGUAGACUUUUUAUUUUUCUCUUAUUUUCUACAAUUCUCUCCUCAUCUAUAUCUAGGUAUGUCGUUGAAUGUGAAUCCGAUGAUUA